UCACUUCCGUCUGUAGCUGUACACCACCUUCAUAUGGUAAUGGCGAAAGCUCCUUGCACGUCAAAACGACUUUUCUAGAAAGAUCAGGGUCAUAAACCAAGAGGAAAAUCGUCGCUCAGGAACAUAGUUACGGCCAUAACGCAAUUUUAGAUAAUAGUCGACUUAUUUAUUUAAUCGGUUUAGCUUGCUAACGUUAGCUAGCUAAUCAUCACGUUCGUUCAUUUCGGUGCCGGCAUUUGCGAUUAAUUUAGCUAGCUAGUUAGCUGGCGUUAGCAAGCUUCGGGGACGCAAUUGUACAGCUUGUUUGAUAGUAAGUUACUACUGUCGUCAUGGCUAAAUGGGGAGAAGGGGAUCCACGCUGGAUAGUGGAGGAGAGAGCCGAUGCAACAAACGUCAACAACUGGCAUUGGACGGAGCGUGAUGUGACAGGCUGGUCGACAGACAAGCUGAAGGAGCUCCUGUUGGGGCUGCGCGUGGAGGGCCCCGAGGGGAGCUGCGAGGUCACCGACGUCCCGAAGCUGGACGGCGAGGCGUCCAUCAACAACCGCAAGGGAAAGCUCAUCUACUUCUAUGAGUGGAAUGUCAAGGCGACGUGGACCGGAACAUCAAAAACCGGAAUCAAGUACAAAGGGAACAUUGACGUUCCCAACCUCUCUGAUGAAAAUGACAUGGACGACCUAGAUAUCAGUGUGGUUCUUUGCAAGGAUGAACCCAAUACACCUCUCACCGAACUCAUGAGGAAGGAGGGAGCAAAGAAAGUGCGAGCUGCCCUGGGGAGCUAUGUUGGCCACCUGAAAUCAGAGUUCACUCAGGGCAUGAUCUUGCCCACGGCGAAUGGGGCGGUGAGCAAGCCACAGCCAUCGCAGACAAAGGUCAAAGUUGACAAAACCCAGAUUGGUCCCUCUUCUUCUGCUCCACCAUCUAGCACAGGGGUCAAGAUUUCAACCUGCAAGUUUAGUCUCAAGGAGACCUUCCUCACCUCACCUGAUGAGCUGUACAGAACCUUCAUCAACCAAAACAUGGUCCAGGCGUUCACCCAUGCUGCAGCUGUGGUCGACGGAGAAAAAGGAGGGAAGUUUCAGCUGCUAGAGGGGAGUGUCAACGGAGAGUUUACAGAGCUGGUCCCAGAUGAGAAGAUUGUUAUGAAAUGGAGGUUCAAGACCUGGCCAUGUGAGCACUAUGCGACUAUCACUCUAAACAUGAAGGAUCGAGGCAAUGAGACUGAGCUGAAGCUGGAAUGUAAAGAUGUCCCUACUGGAGAAGAGGAUAGGACGAAGGAGGGUUGGAAGAGAUACUACUUUGAAGCCAUCAAACAAACUUUUGGAUUCGGGGCCCGACUCUAUUGAGAUUGACUCUAAGUCAUGAACAAAACAAAAAAGAGAACCUGAUUAUUUAAUGUGAAUGAAUACUCUCUUUGGCACUGUCUCUUGUAGCACUAGCCAUACUGUGUGCGUAGACAAACGGUGCCCUUUCCACUUGGAAGACUGGCUUGCAGUGUAAGGGUCAGUGGUUCAAGGCUUCCUUUGAGGUCUGCUUACCACACUGAGUCUAAGCAAAGGAGAUGUAGAAACAAUCACUCGAAUGACAGUAUAUUUACGUGCUGACAGUAUUUGGAAUUAAUGAUCAGUAUUCUCUAUUAAACUCUGCACAUUUUGAAGUGUGUCGUGCUGAAAUAAAUGCGAUUUUUACUCAA